AUGCGUCUCCUCACCAACCCCUUCUUGCUGCUGGCUGCUGCCUGUGUCAAGGCAGGCACUGUCACUUACCAGUGGGAGGUGAGCUGGGUCAACGCCGCACCUGAUGGCUUCUCAAGGCCUGUCAUCGGCGUCAAUGGCGCCUGGCCGUGCCCUACUAUAGAAGCAACAGUCGGCGACACUGUCGUGGUUCAGCUGACAAACAAGCUUGGGAACCAGACGACCGGCAUUCACUUCCAUGGGAUCAACCAGGUCAAUACCGAUUAUAUGGACGGGCCUAGUGGCGUAACUCAAUGUCCAGUGCCUCCAGGCUCGUCCAUCACCUAUUCCUUCACGGUCGAUGCUCCAGGAACAUAUUGGUAUCAUUCCCACAACAUGGGGCAGUACCCAGACGGAUUCCGCGGCCCGAUGAUCGUGCACGAUCCUGUUGAUCCAUACAAAGGACAAUAUGACGAGGAAGUAAUACUUACCGUGUCUGACUGGUACCACUCGCAGAGCCUUGAUCUCGUGCGGAAGAUGCUCUCGCCCAACAACACACAGUUCCAGCCGCCGAUUCCGAACGGAAUCAUUGUAAACGAGGGCCGCAGCGGGAGGAUCAACUUUGUCAAGGGCAAGACCUACCGAGUGCGGAUCAUUAGUUUUGCGGCAUUGGGCUCUGCCAUGAUCCACUUCGACUCUCACACUAUGAGAGUUAUCAUGAACGAUGCCUCCUAUGUCCAGAAAACCGAUACCUACCAACUCCGUGUAUCACCAGCACAGAGAUACGACGUGCUCAUCUCUGCCAUCGACAGAGAUCGUCGCAACUAUCCCUUCCUGGUCUCCUUGGACAUCAAUCGCGACUUCGCGAACGACGCCACGCUGCGAUGGCCCUACAACUUCACCGGCUACCUGGCCAUGGACCCAGCUGGUGACUUCACCCAGAAGGACGUCGUUACGAAGUGGCGCCCGGCCGAUGACUCGCGCUUCAGUCCACUUGUCCCGGAGCCGCCAAUUGGACCUGUAACCAAGACCGUCAAGCUUGACUUCACCUUUUGUAUUGAUGCUAACGGCAUCCCUCGUGCCUGCUUCAAUGGACAGCCCAUGGUUCCCCAGAAGGUGCCAACCUUGUACUCUGUUGCAACUACGGGCAAUGACAACACCAACCCUCUGGUUUAUGGUGCCGUCAACCCCUUCAUCUUCAAGAUGGGUGACAUCGUCGAGGUUGCACUCAACAACAUCGACGCCGCCAUUCAUCCUUUCCAUCUGCACGGCCACCAGUUCCAAGUCCUUGACCGUCCCGCCAGUGGCGCUGGCAGGUGGUCUGGACGUAGCACGUCUUCCACGGGCUCGGUACCCCGGCGCGACACCGUCUCUGUCAAUGCGAACUCGUAUGUCGUCAUCCGUUUCAAGGUUGACUGGCCCGGUGUUUACCUCUUCCACUGCCAUAUUGAAUGGCAUGUAGAAAUGGGACUUACUGCAACCUUCAUCGAAGCCCCUGAGCAGCUGCGUGGUAUCCAAUUCCCACAGGAUCACCUCGACAACUGCCGGAAGAUGAACAUUCCCUACCAAGGCAAUGCCGCUGGCAAUACGCAGAAUCCGCUCGACCAGAGUGGCAUGCAGACCGUGCCUGAUACCACAUAUAAUGGUGCCAUGUACACACCUGCCUCGACACCGAGACUUAGGUCUCGAAUCGUGAGGAAGAGCCUGUAG